UCCACAGCUAGUUGGUGGCAGUCGUCAAUUUUUAAUCCGAUCGGGGACGUCAGUGUUGGCCUCCUAUUCCACGAUUAUUAAAUUUCACUCCACCAAAGGUCGCAUUUUCUAACUAGUUCCAACAUUUUCCAGCAAUCUUGCUUACACACAAGUUAUAAAAAUUGCAGAGGAUCAAUAGCAGUUUAAAUAGCACGAUGCAUUUCCGGUGGGCGCCUUAUGGACCGCAUAAUACAAUUUACUGCACAUCCGUCGUUCAUUGUUAUGUUCGCAGAAGCAGAUGUCUGCACUCUGCUAUAGCUGUAUGCUGCAGCUAAUGCAGUAGAUGAUCUGCUCAACAGUUCAUUUCAUAAAAAGCAGAUCAUCCAUAGACGAUGGUUUCAAUAUAAAAUUUGAUCAUUAGUAGCUGCCUCCCAACGUGAAAAUAUCCCGUACAUUAUUAUCUGUUUUCCCAAGAUGUCAGCUCCUUUCUGCAAGAUUAAUCCGAUCAUAGUUUCGCUAUGCUUCUGCAUUGCACUAUCGUCUUACACCCGCAUCUACACUGUUUCGGCCGCCGGUCAAGUUCAGUUUGUGGAUAUAAAACCUUCUUAUGAAAUUCCCAACCGCACCCCCAUGGAUACGGUGGUAGCUGUCUUUCGAGCAACGGAAAAGGGCAAAAGUAAAGGUAAAGACAAAAUUGUCUAUGACCUUUACGACACCACUACACCGGCGCCUUUCCGCAUUGACCGCUACACUGGUCAACUGAUUGCCGCCAUGCAGGUUAAUCGAAAAGUUGGUGAACAACUGAAGCUGACCGUAACGGCCACGAAUACGCAAUCUGGAUCGAAUGUGCGGGAAGUCAUUAAAAUUAAAAUCACACCGGCUGUCAAUAAUUACACACCAACAUUCCCGUCGAAUGCCUCCGUAAUUCUGAUUUCGCGCAAUGCCACCAAGACGUCGACCAUUUGGAUUGCUGAUGUCAUCGAUGCGGAUCCUGAUGAAGUCAACAACGAUAUUGUCUUUAAGGAGGCAGUAUUUUCUCAGGAAAAUUUUCUGGAAUUUAUACAAGAGAGCGGAGAGCUGAAGUUAUUGAAAACAUGGAGUGAACUGCCCGGUGACGGGAUUACUGUGGCCAUUACGGCGUGCAAUCGGCAGGACGCGAUACCGUUUCGUUGCGGUUACACUGAGCUUACAGUGGCGCCGGAUAUUCCCAACGAAAGUGAUCUACUUAAUAAUCUAAACGAUAUAGACGCGGAAAAGCUUGGCGCUGUCGCGGAUGCUGUUGCUAAUAUGGCAGAAUAUGCUAAAACGAAUAUCAAGGUGGCGCAGUCAAUGGUGACUGUCAUCAGCGCAGUGCUCGAUGUUGACGGCGCAAAGUUAUCGGCGGCGAUGUCGCCGAAUGUCUCAAAACGAAUGACGCAAUCUGUGGACUCAUAUGCCGAGGAUGCUGUGAGCUCCGCCAAUUCCUCCCGCACCGUGCUGUUGUCGGAUAACAUGGAAAUCAUUAUGAUGGAUGUGGAAAAUGUCUUCAGCAAUGAGAGCAUUGAAUAUCUACCGGCAGCUGGUAAUUCCACCCAGAACCUCACCUUCUCCAUUCCCCAGGCGAUUGUCCGUAACAAUACAGCGGAUUUGGUACGGGUGGCAUUUGUCGUCUACGACAAUACCAAGCUUUUCAAGACGACGGAACAGGAAGUCAUCGUUGGACGCACGGUGCUGGUGGCAAAUCAAAGCGUCUACAUUCCGGACUCGCCGGUCGUUGUGGCGAAAGUCAAAGACGUUCCCACGGAACAUCUGGAGGAACCGGUAAAAUAUAGUCUCAGGAAACCAGCGCAGGGACAGCGAUACAAGUGCGUGUAUUGGAACGAAAAAGACUCGAAAUGGGAUACGGAAGGAGUUACGACGGACAUUCAGACCGACGACGAUAUCAGUUGUUCCGCUGACCACAUGACAGCAUUCUCUGUAUUAUUUGACCCCCUUCCCCACGUCGCGAUAGCCGCCGAACACGAGUUGAUCCUGUCCGUAAUAUCCUACACUGGGUGCGGCUUAUCGCUGUUCGGCGCACUCGCCACGGCUUUCACAUACUGCUUUUUCCGGCAAUUGCGGGCCGAUCGCUCAGGGAAAAUCCUGAUCAACUUAUGCUGCGCCAUUGCCGGUCUUAAUUUGACCUUUGUGGCGGCAUCAUUGGCAUCGAUUGCCCCAUUUCAUGUCUCGUGUUUUGUGGCAUCAGCCUUUAUACAUAUCUUCGUACUGGCGUCCUUGUUAUGGAUGGGCAUUGAGGCGUCGAACAUGUAUCAGAUGCUGAUACAGGUUUUCUACAAUGUCAAUGAACACCAUUUUCUCAUGAAGAGAAUGGUGCUUGGAUGGGGAGUGCCGGUAUUUAUUGCUGGAUUAACGAUGAUAAUGGAGUCGUACAAAUUCGAGGAACAUGCACUGAUGGACGAUUGCCGUUUAACCCCAAAGAAUUUAUUCGUCUAUUAUACCGCAUUUUUCGCUCCACUGGCCAUUAUUAUCGUCGGCAACACGGCCAUCUUUAUCAAGGUUGUUUUUGUCAUCUGCAAGCCGCGCCCCGAUUUCGCCAUCACGAACAAGCAAGCCAGCAGCAAGCAGUCAGCCGUCCGGAAGGCGCAGGUCCAUGGAUCAUUAGCGGUGAUGUUCUUGCUGGGCAUCACAUGGAUCUUCGGGGCGAUGGCAUUUUCGCAUGGACGACUGGUGUUUCAGUAUAUUUUCUGCAUCGCGAACUCCUUGCAGGGCUUCAUGAUCUUCGUCUUCCGCUGUCUGGAACGACGGGAGGCUCGGCUGGCGUGGGUGCGCUUCUGCAAGACGGGCGAAAGACGACCGGUGUCCGAAGCCAGUCGAACGCCCACUUCCCGAUCGGUGCUGCUUACCAACAACACCACGACUUACACACGCCGCCGGCAAGGCAGUCAUCUUUCUGAUAUUUCGGCCAACAGCAACGGGCACGUCCAGAAAGCGCUGGUCGAAACCAAAGCGACUGCUUAAGUGAAACAGCUAUUCGCAAGCACGCCGAAUACAAAUUUGAUACAUACUUUAGCAGCCAGCUGCAAUUGACAUGUUGACUGUCGAUUGCAAUUUUGCUUUUACGUAAAAUUUUGAAUGUACAUGUAAGUUCUGUUAAAGCAAUUCGGUUUGCACUAUCUAUUGAAUUCUAAUGUAGAUGCCCGACUCAUAGCUCUGAACUUGCUUUCGUAAUAAAAUUUUAUGCAGUCUGGAAAUUUUAAAAUUUUCUGUACAAAUCGUGGAUUUCUUUGUCAGCAUAUAUCAGGCUCGUCCAAUCUCUGAAGUCGGUCAGCACCGUUCUAGUGAAAUAUGCAGCU